AUGAUCGUCCAUUUAAUCCACAUCCUCCUCGUGGGCCUUCUUUUAGUCGCCUUGGUCUCAGCAGAUAAUUCGAAUUCCGCAAGCGAUGACUCUUCACUUUGGGACAUGGUUCCGGAUUGCGCCCGAACUUGCGUGAGCAACUUCAUCGAUGCGCAAUAUACGGAGAGCGAAUGCCCGGACUCGACAAAUAUAAAAUGUCUAUGUCGGCACAAAACCCCCAGUGGGCUGACAUUGGGGGAGGCGGCUUUGAGCUGUACAUAUGCCCUGUGCGAUGAUAAGACGAUGAAGGACGCCAAUGCCUAUCAAAUCUGUGACUCGGUGCCCGGUGCUAUUUCAGAAACCCAUGCCACGAUCACAGCAACCACGUUCCCUAAAAAGACCACCACAAAGACCCAACCAACGACAACAACAACGAAUAAAGAUAGCCCAAUCUCAAAUCCCGCGAGCGAAGCCCCGGGGAUCACUACAUUUGAUCCAACGACUUCAAAAUCAGAGUCGAAAGUGACAUCAACCUCAACCUCAGAUCCAGAUUUGGAUUCGACGCCAAAAACCACCAGCUUGGAACACUCUUCAAGUCCCAGCCAGACGCAAACGUCACCUACACCCACUAAUACAUCCGAGUCAGAUGACAAUGGAGGUCAUCACGGAGUUAGCGCUGGAACGGUAAUCGGUGUCUCGGUUGCAUCAGGCGUGGCUGGAUCUUUCUUAAUCGCCGUCGCCGUAUUUUUCUGGUGCAAGCGAUGGCGACAACAGCGGCGAAACUCUUCCGAGCCGGACUCGGAUUUCUUUGAAAUUGGAGGCACCAUGACUGAGCCUCCGGGGUUCUCAGAGGCAUCUUCCCGACGAUCCACACCAGAUCCUGGCCCUGGACCCGGGCCUUCCUCGUUCAACACUUCUGCCAGGCAGCCAGAAAUUUCAGAGCCUCAGCGUAGCUUCCGACCAGGAUCACAAUAUCCACCGACAUUUGCGGCCUUCCCAACUGCUUCUUCCUGGGAACAGGUGGGGCAAAGGAAGCGAGAACGUAUAGGAUUUGCUGUUAGCUCUGCUUCGGACUGGGCAGAUUCACCCCGAUCACAGACAUCACAAGCCCCAUUCCCAGACACAAUACCUAACCAAGGGCCUGGGCUAUAUCCCAAACCUCUAAAAUGGAGCCACCGACCAACCAGUGGAGAGACCCUGUUCGAAGAAGAGGAAGAGAGUCAAAUGCCCAGCAUCGUUACAGCGGCAUAUCAAAAGCCCAACAUGACUCAAAAACCAGGGUCUCCACGCCUUAUGCCAGGAUUGCCGGCCAAUCCUCGAGCUCUGAAAGAUGGCUUCCCGGCAGAUAGAUUCCGUCGUGCCCCUGCAGGCCCCCAGCUAAAUACCCACGACGACGCUCACUCUCGAUACCCUCUCGGUGUAAACCCCGAGCCCAGGGGAAGAACCCCAGCACCGCUCUAUAACCCAAAAAACACACAGCGAGCCUCCUAUACCUCAAAUAGCAGCGGCACCCAGAACUAUAGCUCUGAUUGUUCCCAAGACACAACAUCAAAUACUCUCCUCACAACACCGGGAAGGCCAGAACCCAUAGCUCGAAAACCAUCACCAGGCACCGCAACACUUGCGCCCCCCGCCGAGAUUGUCUCGCGGCCGCGUAUCGUUCGUGGUGAUGAUAUCAAGCGCGUUCAUGUUCGGAGCAGUCCUCGCCCACGUCCACCAAGCGAGGGAAGUGCGCCCUGGGGCCCAGAAGAUCUUUGGCUUCAGCGUGGCCGUACCAAUGCAUCACCUCCACAAGCUUCACCGGAGCUACCUUAUCCAUCUGAAAGAUGUCCUGGAGUGGUCUUAUACCCGUCCAGUCCGAAGAAGCAGCCUCCAGGCAUGCCACAGGGGCCAUCGCCAACGGGAAGGAAUUUGACACCGUCGAAAAGAGGAACUGAUUUGAUACUGAGGGUUGAUUGA